AUGUCUCACCACUCCAGCUUCAGUACCUCUGGACACAAGCACUUCAGCUCCUGUUCAGUAGCUUUACCUAAACAUGUCAGUGCACACAGCACCUUCUCCCACCACUCCAAACCUGAAGCUCAUGGACACAAGACACUGCAUUGUUUCAGCAGCAGAAGUGCUCACAGUAUCGGAUCCAAGGGGCAUAAGAUCUCAUUGGGAAGCUUCCACUCAGGGAAAAAUGGACAUGGAUCUGGACAUGGUGUUGGUGGUAUAGGCUCUGGAUUUGGGGGAUGCUCUGGAGGUAUCACAUCAGUAACUGUGAACCAAGGUCUCCUAGCACCUCUCAACCUGGAGAUUGAUCCAAGCAUCCAAAGAGUGAGAACUGAAGAAAGGAACCAAAUUAGAGGACUUAAUGACAAAUUUGCUUCUUUUAUUGACAAGGUAAGAUUUUUGGAGCAGCAGAACAAGAUGUUGGAGACUAAGUGGGCUCUUCUGCAAGACCAGAAAACUGCCAGGUGUCAGAUUGAGCCUCUGUUUGAGGCUUUUAUCAGUAACCUCAGAAGGCAGCUGGAGGGUCUCCAAUGUGAGAAAACUCGUCUGGAAGCAGAAAGGAACAGUAUGGAACAAAAUGUAGAGGAAAUGAGGAGAAGAUAUGAAGAAGAGGUCAACAGACGCACAGCUGCCGAGAAUGAGUUUGUUGGACUUAAGAGGGACGUAGAUGCUGCUUUUAUGAACAAAGCUGAGCUCCAAGCAAAGGCUGAUUCCCUGACUGAUGAAAUCAACUUCCUAAGAACUCUCUUUGAUGCAGAAAUUGCCCAACUCCAGGCUCAGAUCUCAGACACCUCAGUGGUUGUCUCCAUGGACAACAGCCGUGAUCUGGAUCUGGAUGGAAUCAUUUCUGAAGUCAGAGCUCAAUACGAAGAGAUCGCUAACAGGAGCAGAGCUGAGGCAGAAGCCAUGUACCAAUCAAGGUUUGAGGAGCUUCGCAUGGCUGCAGGAAGAAAUGGCAAUGAUCUGCAGAGCAGCAGAGAUGAGAUCUGUGAAUUAAAUCGAAGAAUUCAAAGACUAAAAGCAGAGAUUGAUAACGUAAAAGCUCAGCGCUCUGCCCUGGAAUCUGCUAUAAACGAGGCUGAAGAACGUGGAGAAGCCGCUGUCAGAGAUGCCAAGAACAAACUGUCUGAGCUGGAGGCUGCUCUGCAGAAGGCCAAGCAGGACAUGGCUCGCCAACUGAGAGAAUACCAGGAGCUGAUGAAUGUGAAACUGGCUCUGGAUAUUGAGAUUGCGACCUACAGGAAGAUGCUGGAAGGAGAAGAGUGCAGAUUGGCUUCAGAUGGAUCUGUAAAUAUCUCUGUGGUGCAUUCUAGCACUGGAGGAAAACACCACUCAGGAGGCGCGUCCCAUGGAUCAAGUGCUGGCCACCAUCAUAAGGGGGGAUUCAGCUCAAAUUUCAGCCACGUUUCCAAAAGCAAGCACAGCUCUGGCCAUGGACACCACUGCUGAAGUCCUUAAAUACACUGCAGAGAACACACUUCUAGCAUACGAUAGUUACAUUACAAUUCUGCAGAUUUGUUUCACUACUUAAAUCCUGAAAAAAAAUCUUAAAUCACUUCUGUACUGAAACUCACCUAUAUCAUUCUCUUGCAAGUAUUGUAAAAAUGCUUGUUGCUCACAAAUAUAUACAUAAUUUUCUGUAACUUCUCAAUAAAUCACUGUUUAUGCAAAUGUA